AAAUUAGUCGAUAAUUAAUCUCUUAAUUAGUAGCUUAACAUACUGUCUCUUGUUCCACCUCCUUCUCCUCCACCGAUCCCUCUGUAAAUCUACCACCACUUCAUCACCAAAACUGAAACCCAUUAACUCAUUAACCCAACUGGCAUGACCCAGUUGCUGUUGAACUCAGUUAUGGCUAUGGCCAUUGAUGGGCAUGAUGACCCUGAUCUUGAUUUAUCCGGCUGCAGCCCCACAACCACAAGCACCAACACCGUUUCCACCGAUCACUGGUACGCCUGGUCUCCGCUGGUCGACUGGGAAGCGCUGGCACCGAUAGACCAGCUCGCCGGAGACGACUUUCAUGGGCUCAUUGAGUCGAUGGUGGAAGACCAAGAUGGCAGCACUGAGCUGAACUCGUCGUCGGCCCAGGACGAGCCUCUAGAGUUAGAAGCGUCAAACGAUACGACGACGUUGGGAGAAAUGAUGACGUUGACGGAUGAAGACGGCUGCGCUAACGGUGAGGACUUGAAGGGGUUGAGGCUGGUCCAUUUAUUGAUUGCGGCGGCGGAGGCGCUGACGGGCGCAUACAAGAGCCGAGAUCUGGCUCGGGUGAUAUUGGUUCGGCUCAAGGAGUUGGUCUCUCCAACUGACGGUUCUAACAUGGAGAGGCUGGCGGCGUAUUAUACCGAGGCCCUCCAGGGUUUGCUAGAAGGCACCGGGGGUUUGCUUGGUAAGCAUUUGAUUGGGAGUGGGGCGCACCGCAAUCACGGCCACCAUCCAAUGGACGUGACCGUAGCGUUUCAACUGCUCCAGGACAUGUCGCCUUACGUUAAAUUUGGGCACUUCACAGCCAACCAGGCGAUUUUAGAGGCCGUGGUCCAUGAGAGGCGGAUCCACGUCGUAGAUUAUGACAUCAUGGAGGGUAUCCAAUGGGCUUCCUUGAUGCAGGCCUUGGUUUCCAGGAAGGAGGGACCACCUACCCCACUUCUUAGGAUCACCGCCUUGUCGAGGGGCGGCAGCAGAAGGCAGUCGAUUGGGACCGUCCAAGAGACCGGCCGUCGUUUGACUGAAUUUGCCGCGUCAAUUGGUCAGCCAUUUUCUUUUCACCAAUGUAGGUUGGGUUCUGAUGAGACAUUUCAACCGUCCGCCUUGAAGUUGAUAAAAGGGGAGACCUUGGUGAUCAAUUGUAUGCUAAACCUCCCACAUUUUAGUUACCGGUCUCCAGAUUCAAUUGCUUCGUUUUUAUCCGGAGCCAAGACUCUUAGCCCGAGACUAGUCACUUUGGUCGAGGAAGAUGUACGGUCCACAUGGGAUGGAGGCUUCGUGGCCCGCUUCAUGGACUCAUUGUACCAUUACUCGGCAGUAUAUGACUCACUCGAGGCCGGCUUCCCAAUGCAAAGCCGGGCUAGAGCUCUAGUGGAGAGAGUAUUCUUGGGGCCUCGAAUAGUAGGGUCAUUGGCUCAUAUCUACCGCGCCCAUGGAGAAGUUGGCCACUCUUGGAGGGAGAGGUUGGGUGCGGUAGGGUUUAAGCCUAUUCCAAUAAGCUUUGCCAAUCAUUGUCAAGCAAAACUUUUGUUGGGUCUUUUUAAUGACGGUUAUAGGGUGGAGGAGGUGACCAAUCAUCGGCUGGUUUUAGGUUGGAAGUCUCGUUGUUUACUCUCAGCUUCCAUUUGGACGUCACCCUUAGAAUCUGAUGUUGUCAAUUAGCUUCUUCAAGUUUUUUAUUUGCCUUUCAGCCCCUUUUUCUCACUUAAUCGUCUUUUUCCAAUUUAGCUAAAUUGUCAGCAAAAUUUCGAACCAUAUGGUGGUCAAAAUUGUAACUAAGCAAAAUUUUGGGAUUUCACCUCAGGCCAAUACAAUUGAUUUCUUUUAAAGUGUGUCUACCUUGUUGUUUGAGACUCUUGAAGUUUUAAGAGAAUAGGAUUUGGUUCUCUUGAGAAUACUGGGAACGAUACAAUACUUUGUAUAUAUAGAUGUAAAUGGCAGAUGUUCAAUGCCCAAAUUUAUCAACGAGGUAGAAAAGAA